ACUGACUGUGUGGUACAACAUCUUAGCUCUUGUCGUUAACAAAUAAACAGCUGUUUGUAGAAUUAGCGAAUGGAAACAUUUUGCCUGAGAACAUUGGGACACCGCGCAGACACUCGUCCCGCAGACCCGUUGACCCACUGGACUCGAUGGUCGUUUUUCCCCCUGCUUAUCUUUUGUCCAAUUCCAAAGGUUCUCUGUGUUGUGCCUCUCGGAGUCUAUCUGCUGUUGUUACAUUCAAGAGCAACAAUGUCACGUUGGGAGGAUAUGAAUAAGGAUGAGCUAGAGAGGCAGUUUUCGCCCAGCCAAUGGUCGCACAGAAUGUCGGCAGACGACGUUAUCAAAUCCCACGUGACGGCGCUCAAAGAAGGUACGGAGCGUGCCCGUGGCCUGGCCCAAACCCUCCUCAACGUUCCCUAUGGAGAAUCAGAGGGGGAGAAACUAGACGUCUAUGUUCCCACCACCACUUCUCUAGAUGUCCCACUGGUAAUCUACCUCCAUGGAGGCUACUGGCAGUUCCUUAGUAAGGAGGAGUCCGGGUUUAUGGCUGUCCCAUUGGUCCAUAAGGGCGUCGUGGUGGUCGCCGUGGGUUACGACAUCGCUCCCAAAGGGAACAUGGAUUUGAUGGUGUCUCAGGUGCGGAGGAGUGUGGUGUCCGUCAUUCAACAGUAUUCACACAUUAGUGGUCUGUACCUGUGUGGCCACUCUGCGGGGGCCCACCUGGCUGCUAUGAUCCUCUCUACAGACUGGUCUCAGUACAGUGUGACCCCUCAGAUCAAAGGUGCGUUCCUGGUCAGUGGUAUAUAUGACCUCCUGCCCAUCCUAUCCACCUAUGUCAACGAGCCUCUGAAGAUGACAGAAGAGGUGGCUCUGAGGAACAGUCCUAGUCAGCUGGUUCCGCAGCUCAAACUCUCCUCCUCCAACUGUGACAUCGUGGUUGCCGUGGCGCAGAAAGACUCGCCAGAGUUCCGGAAGCAGUCGGAGGACUACUACAAAACUCUGGAGUCAACAGAAGGACUGAAGGUAACAUUGGAGGACGUUCCAAACACAGAUCACUUCAACAUCAUCGAGCAGCUAGUUGACGGAGACUACCACCUCACUCAGCUGCUGUUAAAGAUGAUGGGGAAGAGCUAAAGAGAUACAGGGACACCAGCCAAUCAAUGAAGAGAUACAGGGACACCAGCCAAUCAUUGAAGAGAUACAGGGACACUGGCCAAUCAUUCAUUUACAUAUCAACCACAAACACCUCUGUUCUGAACCACAUCUAGAGGCACCACGCACCAGUUAUUAUGGACUGAUGGCUAUUGGCUAAACAAGGUGGUUAGGUAACAGGUAUUAUGUUGUGUGUUACAGAACCUCCGGGGUGAAGAUUCCCUUAGUUACAGUUCUUGGAUCAGUUUUUGAUUCCUCUUAACUUUAACUAUUAGUGGGAAAAAAUGCAAAACUGACCCAAGAUCAGCGUAUAGGGGCAUCUUCACCCUGCUCCGUUACAAAAAGCUAUCGCCUGGAGUUCUUCCUGGUUCAAGUCAUGACCAGGAAAUACUCCAGGCCCUGCUUUAUGUCUUAUAGAAAGGUGGGCAAUCAUUUUGGCUCAAAUGCCGCAUCGGGAUUUUCUAAAUUCCGAGGAUGGCCGCACAGAUUUUUUUCCCCGGACCGAUUUGUUCGUCAAAAGCAAUUUGUGGGCCAGAAAAAGGGAAGUUAUUUAACUUUUAGGUCCAAUAUAAUCUCUACAUACUUUCUCAUUUUAAACGUUCAAGAGCCAUGUUCCCUCUAAGCUGCCACGUCCUCCAGGACUGCUGCGUAGAAGAUCUUUUGAGAGUGUGUUUGUGUUAGAGAGGCACAUCGUUUUGAUUGGUCUCUCCUGUGUUAGUCUCUUGUGGUCGGCAGUAAGUCCUCAGACUGGCUGAUAACCUCAUGAUGAUGCAUCCUACUCUCCUUACCUACACAGAUAACCUGUUGACAUCUUUUUCUUUAUUUAACUAGGCAAGUCAGUUAAGAACAAAUUCUUAUUUACAAUGAUGGCCUACUUGUAAAGCUCUUAGGAAUCUUUUAGGGAAAUGGUCAAACUGAUCCUGGACCAGCCAAAGUUUGACAACAUAUUAUGCGUCCCAAAUUGCAUCCUGAUAUAGUUCACUAGUUUUAACCAGGUCUAUUUCACUAGGUAGGGUAUAGGGUGCCAUUUGGGACUGAAGCAUAGCCUGCCAGGAUAAAGUAGCAACACUUGUUUCCAGAGCGAGCGAGAUAGCUAAUCAGUUAACCAAUCACUAUGCACAAAUUAAUAUUGUCUUCAUGGCAAUUUUGCUGAUGUCCAGUCGAUUUCAUCGCUUGUUUUAGUGGCACAGUGUAGCUGAUAACGCGCCGACAGUGGCACAGUAUAGCUGAUAACGCGCCGACAGUGGCACUUUUUUGUUUCUUUGUAUUGUUACAUCACUUCCUGUGUUUGUUUCUAAACCUCUCUGAACCAUAGAAAUAGUCCACCCAUUAUGACAUCAUUGACUUGAAUAAGGAUGCCUGUUCUCUGAACCAUAUUGACUGGGAAUCUUUCCCCACUAUGUUGUUCACCUGUUAUUCUAACUUCAUUGACCUGUCAUCAGAACCAGGGUUAUACAUGGCCUCUUGGGGGUGCAUGAACGGUGAGGGUGUUCAAUCCGCCCCCCCCUGUAAUUCAAACCCUGGUUAUUUUCUAAAGGACAUGAACAGGGUCUGGACUUCUCGUGUUAAGAUUAAGUACAUGACAUGAAUUGCAAUCAGUAUGACGAAAGGUGAAUGUUGUCAUUCAAUAGGUUACGUCUCGAAUGGUGAAAUGCAGUGCACUUUUUUAGGGAAAAGGUUACCAUUUUGGACAUAUGUCAAUAUUUACCUACAGUGCCUUGCGAAAUUAUUCGGCCCCCUUGAACUUUGUGACCUUUUGCCACAUUUCAGGCUUCAAACAUAAAGAUAUAAAACUGUAUUUUUUUGUGAAGAAUCAACAACAAGUGGGACACAAUCAUGAAGUGGAACGACAUUUAUUGGAUAUUUCAAACUUUUUUAACAAAUCAAAAACUGAAAAAUUGGGCGUGCAAAAUUAUUCAGCCCCCUUAAGUUAAUACUUUGUAGCGCCACCUUUUGCUGCGAUUACAGCUGUAAGUCGCUUGGGGUAUGUCUCUAUCAGUUUGAAAAAAAUAUGGUUUUAUAUCUUUAUGUUUGAAGCCUGAAAUGUGGCAAAAGGUCGCAAAGUUCAAGGGGGCCGAAUACUUUCGCAAGGCACUGUAUAUAAUUGUCAGAUGUGUGUUACACAUGGAAUUCAUUGUAACAUGUACCCCAAAAUAACUGUUUGACACUUGAAUUUGUCAAUCUAGAACUAAGGAAUACUGUAUUUUGUUUAUUAUUCUACCCUAAUAUGAAAUUGUCAAUCUAGAUUUGCACACUAAAAUGUAAUAAUGGUUUUAUGUGGGUCAUUAUGCUUCUUUGUCUAGUAGCCUAAAUGCUUGCUUACAUUAUUGUUUACAUGACUAGUAAUAAUGUUGGUGGGAGAAUUAUGUAAAAUAUCACAAUAAAUGUGUAUGUCAUAGAAGUGUG